CAUUUCGUUCAGUUUUUUUCUACUGUUAUUGUUUGCAGACGUGUGAAGCUUAAAUUCACAAUUUCUUCUAUUUUCUUAGAAAAUAGAGUAGGGAAAGUGAUUGUCUUCUCAUAAAUAUCUCAAAUGGGAAUUGGUUAUUCAUACUGAGAUUGGAAAUAGUUGUUAAAUGACUAGAUUUUUCUGUAAGAGCAGCUGAAGAGAGCCGGCUAUCAUUAGAAGGUUAUGUUGUUAUGUUGAUUUAUCCGGAGAGAAAAGCUGAAAAUGAGAAAGGAUUUGUUUUUCCUGGCUGGAGGAAUAGGAAUCUAUGCCGCAAUCUCACUCUGGCUCUUCCAUAGAGUCUAUGACACCACACAAUUGGUGAUAGAUGAAGAGUUCCACUUGAGGCAGGGAAUUCACUAUUGCAAUGGGAAUUUCUCAGUGUGGGACCCUAAAAUUACAACCUUCCCAGGCUUGUAUGUCUACUCCACAGUGCUUCUCAUGCCUUUGGGACUCUGUGAGGCAUACUAUCUUCGACUGGUGUCCUUCCUGGCUUCCAUACUAAACAUUUACUGGAUGUAUGAGAUCCGGAAGGGGAUUUUGCGAGGAAAGAACGUGAAAAAUUAUCCAGCAUGGGGAUAUGCUUUGGAUGCCUUGAGUCUCUCCAUCCUUCCGCCAAUGUACUUUUUCACUUUCCUGUACUACACGGACGUCGUGUCAAUCAGUGCCACCCUGGCCAUGGUGCAUUUCUCCCUUCGGAGGCAAAAUAAAUCAGCCGCGACGGCGGCUGCUGUGGCUGUUCUCAUGCGGCAGACGAACAUCGUGUGGGUGGGAGGUGUCUUUGGCAUGAACGUUCUUGAUAAAUUGGUGGAAAAGACAUUGAGGAAGAGCGCGAGGAAGGAUCCCAACUACAUAUACUCCUUCAGUGACAUCCUGAGUGCCAUUGGCUUUUACCUGAAGAGACUCACCCAAAUUCACGUUGAUGUCUUCCCCAUAAUUGGGCAAUUUUGCGGAUAUCUCUUUGUGAUGGUGGCGUUCGUCGUCUUCGUAUGGAUUAAUGGGUCAAUUGUAGUGGGCGAUAAAAGUGCCCAUGAAGCCACACUUCAUCUGCCUCAGAUUGGAUACUUUGCUGUAUUUGUCACUUUCUUCGCUAGUGGAAUUCUCCUGAUGAACUUGCAGAAUGUUUUGAGGAAUGUUUUGAAAAGAUGGCACGUUACACUCCUCCUGGGUCUCUUCUUCCUGCUCGCUGUGAAGUACAACACAGUAGUUCAUCCUUACUUGCUCGCCGACAAUCGUCACUACACUUUCUACUUGUGGAACAGAUUCUACGCGAAACACUUAGCAAGGUAUCUAGCAAUUUCUGUGUAUGUCUUCGGGGUGACAAGCAUUCUCGAGUUGCUGGAGGGUCAGAGUGCAGGUUACAAGCUAAUUUACUUUGCAUGUACAAUUGUAUCUAUAGCUCUGCAAAGUAUGAUAGAAGUUCGCUACUUUCUAAUUCCAUUCCUUAUCUUGCGACUUUCGCAUGCGAAACCAAUGAAAUUUAGUUCAAUUCUUCUUGAAUUCGCAUUCAAUAUCGCCAUUAAUAUCAUUACAUUCUACAUUUUCUUCACGAAGACUUUCUAUUGGAGUGACUACGCAGAACCACAGAGGAUAAUGUGGUGAGAAAAGAGAAAAAAGAGCAAAGAUGCCUGCAUUCCUGGCUCUCUGUCUUCCCGAGACGUGUUCUUGUUAUUUUUGUGGGUUGUUUUGAUAAGUACAAGGAAGUGAGGCGUUUUCCGCCUCCCAUUGAGACCCCAACCUUGCUGGCCUAUUGUUUGCACUUGGUGUUUGUGUGUGUACGUAAUGUAAUAAAAAAAAGGGGGCGAUAUCAAUCCAAUCUUUUCCCUUUUGUACCCCAAGCAUGUGGAUGUUUUAUCGAAUGAAUCAAUAAAUCAAAAC